AGGAGACGUGUUACAAGCGGAACCAAUGUGUUGUUGCAUUGCGGAUGUAUUUUCACGGGACACCGCAAAUGGAGUAGAAGCUCGAUCCCGUCAAGUAGCAGAGAAUCGUGUCAGGGAAAGAUUUUUAAGAGCCAGACAGCGUAACAUUUCAACUCAUAAAUGGCAUUAAUUUGUCCGGAAGUUAUACAAAGUAUCGUUGAUGUCACGCGGUUCAUUUAACUUCCGAGAGAUAGCUUAACGUUGCGGUUAUUUAUUGUUCCGGGCUGACGAAGCUAACCAACGGUGAAGACGGUGCGUCUGUCAAAUCGGUCCUUCCACUUAGCUCCCACCGCACGGUGGAAACAUGACGAGUUUUGUCAGUCAAGUCUUUCUCAGGGUCGACAAGUUUUGUCGACCCCUCCCCAUGGUCCUCAACACCUUCUUGGUCUUCUCCAUCACCGCGGAGGUGAGCUACCUGGUGCUGGUCGAGGCUCCGCUGGAGACGGACCAGAAGAAGACCGUGUGGUCCGCCUGUUGGAAAGCGUUCCACCUGCUGGUUCAGUACUUCAUGCUGGGGAACAUCUGCUGGAACGCCCUGCUCUUCCUCAGAACCAGCCCCAGCAUCAAGGGGGUGUUUUUGGGCGGAGAGGGCAUGGGCCAGGGGUGGAGGUACUGUUACACGUGUGAGACACACACUCCUCCUCGGUGCUCCCACUGCUACGACUGCAAAGUGUGUGUGCUGCGGAGAGAUCACCACUGUGUCUUUUUUGGCCAGUGCGUGGGCUUCCGUAACUACCGGUACUUCCUGAGCUGUUUGUUAUUCAUGUGGUCGGGGCUGCUGUACGCCACUCUGAUGAAUGCAGAGGUCUUCAUCGUCAUAUUGAAGGAGGGUGUGACGAUGCACAGCGCCCUGCUGCUGGUCAUUCCCUGGAUAAUGCUAGUUUCAGGCCAGGUCACUGCGCACGCUUUUGCAUUCGCCUUCAUCGCCGAUACGUGCGUUGUGGGCUUCCUGCUGGUGUCCGCCUUCUUCUUCUUCCAUCUCAUCUUGAUGCUUCGGGGACAGACCACCAGGGAGUGGUACUCGACCCGCCGACCCUACAGCCUCGGGCUCCGGGGCAACCUGCGUCACGCGCUAGGCCUUCGCUGGUACCUCUGCUGGCUCUGCCCACUCAUCCCAUCACCUCUCCCUGGAGAUGGGAUAAACUUCCAGGUCACAGGAUUGCUAGAACCUACCCGGUAACAGCUGAAACGGGCCAUGUGACUUGCUUUAUUGGUGAUGGUUAAUGUUAUUGGGAGCCACAGCAGGGAAGACCGCCUCAGUUCAAGAAGAGGUAGCUUGGGGUGGGAAGAAGCCUAAACAGUGGUUUGGUGUUUCUGGGUAUAACUGUCUACCCGUAUCUUCUCCGUAGCCUUUACCUGCGCUGAGUCAAGAAAGUUAUGGGUCUACUGUGGAAGGUACAUUGACCUUGAUCAAAAGGUAACCUGUUCCUCUCAUUGAAACUGGCCUCAGAAUAGUGUUCCUCUGGAGGAAUACGGAGCACUGAAAGUGUAUGUAAACGACACUGAAAUGAGAAUGUAUUUUAUUGAUUGGGAAGAAUGUAUACUUGUGAAUCCUUGUUAACAAGCACCACCACUACUUCUCUUGGGUGGUCACUUAAAUUGUCCUCUUUAUUUCUGUUUAUUUGCCUAAAUCUAAAGGUCAUCCAAAUGUAUUUCUGAAUAAUAGGAUUAUAAAUAUGCUUUUGUGUGUUAACAGCCAGGCUCUAGAUGUUCUUGUGCUUUCCACUUGUCUUUAUCCACUCCUGAGCUUCAGCUUGUUUUUAUGACAUUGAGCCUUUCACUGGAUACUUUUGCACCAAGUUAGAUAAUGAGAAAGGAUUUACAAUGAUGGACAAGGAUGUUGAAAAAAACAAUCAUCUGAAAUUGUACAUGUUAUGAAAUCUAGUGUUGCCGUUUACAUACUAAUGUAAAGUCAUCUACUGAAAACACGGUUUAAAAUGUACCCGUAGACGGCACUCGUGAACUGCAUUUCCCCAUGUUUCACAUCACGCUUUCCAUGUUUCAGUUCGUACGACGACAAACCAAACCCACGGUGUGACAACAUGAAGAGUCAUGUUCUGAUUCAAGGAACUGCUGUUGACCAACUACACACGAGGAACCAGAAAACAUUAGUUAUAAUCUUUAUAUUAUCCUGUUUUUGCAGUAAGUGUACAGAAAAUCAACAUGCAUCACUAAUGUGUUCAAUAUGUUUGAUACAAUACGCUGGAGGUGUUUUUUGUUACGACUAUGUCGUGUGGAUUUGGGACUCGGCGAACAUGUCUCACAUCCCUUUAUGCCAACGGGACUUAUGUUUCCUCAGAAGUUAAUUUAAUUUAGCUGCUCUUAAAAUGUAGUGAACAAAUUCAGGCCUUUGUUUUAAAGUGUGCUCUUACUUUACAGCCAAACGUAUGUUGAUCUGCCUUUUUAUGCUAUUUUACCUUCAUGUUUUUGUGUGCCAUUUGAACGUGCUGAACAAAUUGUUUCACAGGAAGUAUGGAUCCAUUAAAAAAUGCUCAACAUUA